AUCUACUAAUUACACUAGAUAACAAAAUGCAGCUGAAACAAGCUCGUCACAAAGGAAGACAAUCUCUCUCAUGCCUAAACUGUAAGGCCAGGAAAGUUAAAUGCGAUCGUAAUAAGCCUAUUUGUUCGGCAUGUUUGAAGAAUCGAAUUCCCGCACAUCUUUGUGUUUAUCAAGAUUCAUUUCCUAAUCCAUCAAAGCAAACUUCAGUUAGAGAAGUUAACUUUAGUUUGGUUGAUGGAAUAGGAAAUACAUCUCAGGUAGAUGGUACUACCAUUGAUAUACAUGACUUUACAUAUAUUAAAAUUAAUGGAGAUUUCCGACUUUUAUUUGGUCCAACAUGUUAUAAAACAAUUCUUAAAGAAGCAGUUAAGGGAUUCCCAGUAAUUUUUGAUAUAUUUAGUAAAUCUUAUGAAGAUAUUGCUAAAUUAUUUUCUAAAGUUGUUAUUAAUAGACCUAUUAAUAUAAUUUCAAUAGAUAUAGCAUUAAGAAAAUUACCAGAUUUAUUACCUUCAUAUAAAGAUUGUUUAACAAUAUUAAGUGUAUUUUUACAAACUCCUGGUAUGUUAUUUAGAUGUUUUAAUGGGAAUACAGUAUUAGAAUAUUUUAAUGAAGUAUUUGAAAGAAAUCCUUCUUCUAAACGAGUUAUGAUUAGGAAAACUUUUUCAAAAGUUAGAUUAAGUGUUAUAGUAUCAAUUAUUGCCCUUUCUUCAUUUCUGUAUAAUAAAUUUAAAGUUAAUCUGUUAGAAUUACUUUCAAUUUCAAAAUCUUUAUUAUAUGAUACAGAUUUAAAAUCAACUUUACCAACUUUUUUAUCAUUAAUAUUACUUUAUGAAGCAAGAAAAUAUGAUUUUAAUAUAGAUUUUGAAGAAGCACUUUCUCAUGAUCAAGCUUUAUUAUCAAAUAUUGUGGUUAUUGGUUCAUCAUUAGGUUUAGGUAGAAGUGAAGAAAAAGUUCAUGGAAGUGGAGAUGCUGAUUUUAUUAGAUCUUUAAAGCAUGCAUGGAUAUAUGUUUAUUUUGAAGAUACUCUUCGAAGUUUUCAAAAGGGUCAACAACCUUUAUUGGCUAAAGAAUAUUUAUUAAAAUGUGAUCCAGAUGAUGAAGUAUAUGAAUAUGAACUUAAAAUAAGUGUUUUAAGAGAUAUAAAUGAUAAAUUGAAUCUGAAUGUUCAAUCUAGAAAUGUUAAUGUUAAUGAAAUUCUUGAUGAUUUAGAAGGAUUAUUAUCAAAGGAAGAUUUUGGUCUGUUAAAUGAUGAAGAUAAAUAUUUUCAAUUAAUUGUAUUAAGUUAUAUUCAAGCCAUGAAUCAAAUAAGAUAUUUAAAGAGAAAGAAUGAUACAAAUAGAAAUGAAGCAUUCAAAUAUUCUUUAUUACUAUUUGUAGCUGCCACUCAUUUCAUGAAUUCUACUGUUAUUGAUGGACAUGGAGAUAGUGAAAGUCCACUUUGUUCAACUCCAUAUUAUCAUGAAAUAAAGGAAGCUUUAUUUAGAAGUUCAUUCUUUAUAAUUCCUUCAGUUUUAUGUCAAGUAGAACGUACUGGACAUUCAGUACCAGUUAAACAACAACUUUAUAAAGAAUUAACUUUUGCUACGGUAGAAGAACUUAUUCGAUCACCUCCAGAACAAGUUAGUAUUGUAUAUGGAGAUGUAUUCUGGAUGUUAAAUGUUAUUACAAAUGAUUUACAAUCAAUGCUACUGAAAUUAAGUGUAGCUAGUUUCUCAUCUCGAACAAUGUUUAUCUUUACGAAUAAUAUCUUAAGUUAUGUAAUGGGAGUAUUAGAAAAUGCAAAUAGUGCAAGUCCAACAAUUGAUAAUCAAACUCCAACAACAGAUCCUUCAGAUGAUAUAAGUACAGAAUUUACAAUACCACAAUUUGAUGUGACUUCUUUUAGUAAAGAAGAUUUUUGGGAUUUCUUUUUGUAACGGAUAUUUUGGUGAUUUAAUUUAUAUAUGUAUAU